AUGAGCAACAAAUUCCUGGGCACCUGGAAACUUGUCUCCAGUGAGCACUUCGAUGAUUACAUGAAAGCUCUGGGUGUGGGGUUAGCCACCAGAAAACUGGGAAAUUUGGCCAAACCCCGUGUGAUCAUCAGCAAGAAAGGAGAUAUUAUAACUAUAAGAACUGAAAGUACGUUUAAAAAUACGGAGAUCUCCUUUAAGUUAGGUCAGGAAUUUGAAGAAACCACAGCUGACAACAGGAAAACAAAGAGCAUUGUAACCUCGUCAAGAGGCUCAUUGAAUCAAGUGCAGAAAUGGGAUGGCAAGGAGACGACAAUAAAAAGAAAGUUGGUGGAUGGGAAAAUGGUAGUGGAAUGUAAAAUGAAGGGCGUGGUCUGCACCAGAAUUUAUGAGAAGGUCUGAGAAAAUUGUUUCCUCAUUGAAGUGAUAUUUGAUCAUUUGAUGUUGGAAAUCAACGGUUUUCGUUGGC